CGCAAGUACGAACUCCAGCUAUGAGUGGCGAAAACUAUCGUAGUGCAACAAAAUCGCACGAACCAGGCUGGAACGAUCCGCCUCCAAAACUGGUCAGCAAAAAACCGGCCACUGCAUCCGAGGAGACUGAUAACACGCCGGGCCGGGAAGAAAUGUUCCACCAGACGAAGUCCAUUUUCGAUGCGUACGUACAGACGGUCGAGGAGGUAAGGCGGGCGAACGUGCAAAAGCGUUUCAAUCUCAUGUACCAGCAGUGGGCGGAUAAAAAGCUUCCGGAAGGGCUGGAGAAGCUAAUCUACAAAUUAGCAAUCGCGCUUUCGAACCAGGAUGUGAAGCGAGCAAAUGCGGUACAUCGUACCAUUGUCUGUGAUUAUGGAAGUGUGUGCGUUAUGUGGGCACCGGUAUUGCGACAUCCGAUCGUGGAGCUACAGCAGCGGUGCGAUGACACGGCAAGCGAGGAAAAUUCUAUCCUGCAACCAAUAUAA